AUGUCUCUGUCAAAGAUUCCAAACCUGACCGGUCCAAUCCGCGUCCCUUACGAGAUUUUCCUCAACGUCAUCGAGAUUCUCGUCCGGGAAGAACUGGAAAACACCCAUUCGCUGGAACACGUCCUCGAAUACGACCGGCGGAGUGAGACCAGGAUUGUUGUAAGCACGACUGGCUAUGACGAUGACCACUAUGUACGAAUCAACCGAGUUCGCGACCUCCUGCAUAUCGACUGCAGAAGCCGCAGCAUGGUUAGCAAGUACUUCCCUCGAAUGGUCAUGAUCACACGCAGGCAUCGACGUCCCCGGUUCCCGUUCGUGGGUCGAGUGUGCCUCGCUACCGACAUCUUCACUUUCAAGGAAAAUCUCGAGAUCGAUUUCCUCUUCGCCUCGAUCAUUCUGCCCACCGUCAAGGGCAAUGAGAUCGUCCGGAACAUCACGGCAAUCAAAGGAAACGAUACCAAGUUCUUCCGAGAGAACUUCGAAGAUUUUAUCGACGUGCUCGCUUCCCUUCCCAACCUCCGCAAAAUAAUCAUCAGCGGUGGCAAUUAUCAACCGAAGGAGGACGACGACAGAUGUGCAUGUUCUCUCUCGGAAUCCCACCCAGGGUUCACGACGAUUGACGGGUCCCACUUUCCAUCGCUAGCCCAGUGGGAGGAAGACUACGGCGACGUUGCUCGGAAGUUUGGUCCUCAGUUCAUGAAGAGAAACAUUUCCAUCAUCGCCCAUGUCUCCACAAACAUAUGGAAGUCUGAUCUGGAGCUGGAUAUCACCGAGGACGCCAUCCGCGUCAAGUCCAACUGCAGGAAUUGCGACUGCUGCGAGUGCUGGGUCAAUGAGAUCUGCCAAGAUAUCACUCGACUCCUUCGGCAGUGUCGUCUCGCCGAAUUCAGAGAGGGUUCCGGCAUUCGUCCCUAG